UUCACUAAAACUCGCGCGCCUUCCUGCCAUUGAUAUAAUCGUGCUCAAUGGCGAAGUUUUCAGCCUAAAGCAGUUGGUAGAAUGCAUAUAAAUGGAAAACGCUCAUGUUUUACGACCAAGAUUAGACAAAUCAUAAUUUAUUUUGUAUGUCUUUAUAAUAGUGCCUGUUUUAUUAGAUCAGUAAAAAGUAAUCUGUAGUGAACAAAAUAUUUCUAAUUUCCACUAGACCACUCAUCAUUCACACCUUGACCCAAAGUGCCAAGAUUACUUCUAGCUUUACUGUUCUUUUUCACCCAAACUAUUUUGAGUUUCUGCUGUUUUGCUGGUCCUUCAUUAGAAUUGUGUUUGUUUGUUAUUUUGAUGUUCGGGUAUGCACCGUUGUGUGUGUGCGUGUAUUAAGCUGGGCGGAUAAUGUGAAUGUUGUUUGUGUGUCAUAUGCAUUUAUUUAGGUGUUUAAGUGUUUAUGUAUGUGAGUGCUUCUGAUGUCUGUUGCUCUACUAGCCUGUGUGCUCACACCUCACACCUCCCUUACAGUGUGCGUGUCCGAGCAGUGGUGAUGACACGUGACGAUUCUAGUGGCGGUUGGGUGCCCCUUGGAGGUGGAGGCCUCAGCCACGUUGUCAUCUGUAAAGGGAGGAGUUCCGAAAGCCAUGGGCAGAAGGAGUAUGUCAUACGUGGAGAGCGGCUGCGCGAUCGAGCACCCGUGCUUGAAUGUGCCAUUCAAAAGGGUCUGAUCUACAACAAGGUGAACCCCAUCUUCCAUCACUGGCGUGUGGAGGAGAGGAAGUUUGGCCUGACCUUCCAGAGUCCAGCUGAUGCCAUUUCUUUUGAGAAGGGCCUUCAAAUUGUCCUUGACAAGUUAGACAAAGGCUUUGACUCUCCUUCUUCCUCCACACCAGAAGAAGGAGACACAGAAGAUGAUGGUCAAGCAUCUCACACAGGCAGUGAGUCGUCCUCGAACAGCAGAAAGGAGAUGUUGCCCAAGCCCAUCACCAUAGUGACUAGCGAGUCCUCCGCCACUUGCUUUGUCCAUUCUACAGCAGAGGAGUUUGGGUAUGGGGAAGGGCAUGCCAUCACUACUCAGACCCCUGCUCAGGUCCAUAGGCGGCCUUGCCAGCACCAGCUUUCUCAAGUAUCAGCUGUGUUGAACCCUCCAGCCCCUCCUCCCCCACCUCCUGCUCCCCCAACCUCCCCUCUGGCACCCCCAGCCUCCCCACCCUUGUCCCCACUCUCCCCUACCAUGUCCUUGCUGGAGGAAGGUGACCUACGCAGUAUCGAUCCAUGCAAGGAUUUAUGGGGCUCGCGGGGUUAUGAGGACUACCGACGUGCUGGGACCACACGGACCAAAGUUGGGGGUCUGACAGGAGGUGUCAUGGUAGGAGGUGGGCCAGACAAGUCAGAGCUUUGUGUGGUGCACUUUGAGAAAGAACUGGCAGGUGUGGGCACACCAGGCUGUGAGGUCACGGUUAUGUUGGACACCAAAGGCUCUCGGCGCCACUCCUCCUCACCCACCUGUAUGCCUAAUGCCAUCUCUGGAGCAUCUCCUGCAAGCGGCUCCCCACAGGAGACGGGCAAAAGCUCACCCUCGCCAUGCUGCAUCCAUACUUCACUUGCCACACCCCGCUCUCGGACUCGCAAAAGAGGGGGCAGUGGAACCAGUGGGGGUGGAGAUGCCAUUUCACCCGAUGAUGACAGCCCAUGUCCACAAGGCUCAUCCUCCUGCUCGUCACGCUGUGUGUAUUGUCGCUCAGUGUUUAGUGCCUCGGAGAAUGGACGUGGCCGCUGCCGGGAUGCUCCGGAUCCAGCUUUACACUGCCUACGCCAGUGGACAUGUGUAUGGUGUGCCGAGAGCCUACUCUACCACUGCAUGUCAGACUCUGAAGGCGAGUUCUGGGAGCCAUGUUCGUGUGAAGACUCGCUGGGCCGUAGGCCACACCCACUUUGCUGUGCCGGCUGGAUGGCACUGCUGGCACUGUCACUCUUUGUGCCAUGCAUGUGCUGCUACCUGCCGCUGAGAGCAUGCCUGCGCUGUGGGGAAAGAUGCGGUUGCUGCGGGGGAAAGCACAAGGCUGUGCGGUGAGACCUGGCUUUGGGAGGUUCUGAGGCCAGGGAGAGGUUGUUGUGAUGGAAGGAGAGGGAAGGGAGAACACCAAAUUUUUUCCAUUUAAAAAAUAGUUUAAGAGAGCUUGCUCCAUAGCGAUCAUUAAAAAGUCCCUUUCCCCCCACAAUCCUCUGCUGCAUUCCGUUUGUACUCUACCAGGACCCUUAAUGGUGGUGCCAACACACAAUGCACUGGCAGCUUUGCAUUGUGCUCUUCAGAGAGACACAAAUAUGCAGGAAGAUGGCUCCCACCGCCAGCUUCUCUCAGCUCCAACUGACUGUUGUUAAGGCUCACAAAAGGAGCAUGCUGAAAACACCAACAUGUAAAGCUAUGCUAGGUUUAUUUUUUGUCUUUUUUAAUUUUAUUUUUUAGGAAAACUGUACAAGGCAAAAUUACAAAAUGUAUAUCUUACUUUCCUUGAAAAUAAGAGGUUUUUGUUUUAUACAUAAUUUAUUAACAUGUCCCUUUUUACAGAGCUUUGCCUCAA